AUGGGGGACAUUCAAACAAGACCCUUCUCCAAGAACUACAGUGGCCUCAUUAACCAGUCUGUUAUUGCACUGGGGAUAACUUUCGUAUGCGUUACUGGGCAAGAGCUAAUGAAACGGGCCCGAAGGGGGACAAACUACGACCCAAAGUCUUUGGGUAGUCGCGAAUCUUGGGAAUUUGGAUACCUAUAUCAAGGAAGAUCAUGGGCAAGGUAUCCAUCGCCUCCGUCACCCAAGGGCUGGCCGCUAUCUUGGGUGAAGCAGGUCGUAUUUUUCCCGGCCGACAAGAUGAAUGAGCUCAGAGGCGUUGACGCGACACUCUAUGUUCGCUGGCUUAGAGGCUGUUUUUUCUUCGUCCUACUCCACACACUCACGACUUUCCCCAUCUUGUUCCCCAUUCACGUCGAGUUCUCUGACAACUCAAUCUCCAAGAAGUCAAUGACACGAGCCUCCAUAACUUCCCUCGUCGCCACGCACGAAGGACUCUCAUUGCUCUGGAUUCACAUUUGCCUACUCUUUUGGAUUACCUUUUCGUGGAUUAUAAUCCUCAUCUGGAUAUGCCUCGGCGCCUUCCGUUUGCGCGCCGACAAGAUUGCCAUCGCUGCGAAACGAAUGGCUGCUUACGAUCCAGCAGAACCUGGAUAUUACCCUCACCCACACCCACAAUUUGGUUUUGCAGAAAUGCCAAAAUUGGACUCGAAUCAUCCGAAUUUUGGCUUACGAUUACGAACAGUCAUGGUAGCCAACGUCCCACCGGCCUUACGCGACGAGAAGACCUUGAAGGAGUACUUUGCGUACUACCUUUCACGCAAAGUAGAGAAACCCUCAAUGGGGCUGCCUGCCGCUACACAACCAGGUUUCAUCAACAAGUCUGUUGCGUUCCUGUUCAAUCGCGUCAAAAAGCUUCCUAUCCCUCCAAUCCCCCUUGCCGCCACUCAUCGUACGCCAGAAGCAAGCGACGGCGGAGAAUCGACUAAGGACGCCCCAGAGAUCGAGCGGGUCGUUAUCUGCAGGAAGAUGACUGAACUAGCAUCACUUCUUGAACGACGUGAAGAGUUUGCUCGUCGACUAGAGACCGCACAUAUCAAACUUGCCAAAAAGACUGUGCUCGCUGUUGCUCAUGCAAUGGACAGACGUGAUGCCCACAAACCCCCUUCACGUCCUCCCAAGAUCAAGCAUAAAGGGGCGGAUCCGGAACAUGGACUCCCAGGCCAAAACGGAACGAUAAGUGAGGAAGACCGUAUCUCCAAACUCAUUGAAGUCGUCGGGCCCUUUGUCGAAGAAUUUGGUCUUCGGCCUCGUGUCAGUCAAGAUCCAAGAAAGGCUCCCGCCGAGGGCUCGCAGGACUCUCAUGGAGAGAGUGAUAGCCCAACAUAUCCUCCAAUUUCCCCCACCAAGUCGCAGCGGCACGCUACAAUUUGGGAUGCAUUGUUGAGCUUACCUCGUGGCUCCCUCGAUGCAUACCAACCCUUGGUCCAUCUCUCGUUGUUGUUUCGUGGCAAGAUUGUUCCUUCAAUCGACUACUACACUGCCAAAUUCAACCUCAUCUCCUCGUUCAUCACGGAAAAUCGCGCCAAAUCUAUAACUGACUACGACCCCGUUUCAACCGCUUUCGUGACUUUUGUCGAUCCUGCUGAUGCGCGCAGGGCUUGCAAGUAUCUAGCUGUUCACCCCAACAAUCCGUUAACCUGUCUGGUAACAAUGGCACCUCAAUACAGUGACCUCGAUUGGACGAGGAUCAUGAAGUCAUCUUAUAACGGAGAAUUCGUCAAGGAUUGGGUGGUAAAUUUGGGUGUCUGGCAAGUUUUCUUCUCUUUGUCCUUACUUGGUUUCAAUAUAAGUAGGGGAUUCACGGUCUUUUGGCUCUUCCCAGUUUCAUUACUGGUCGGUCUCGUUUCCAUCCAAAACAUCAGUUCGUUUUGGCCAGCUCUCAAAAGCUAUCUCGACAAACACCAGUGGGAGGAAGAUGUGAUCCAGUCAUUCCUCCCCACUUUACUUGUCGCCCUGCUCGCCCUAUCCAUCCCUCCAAUUCUUUUACUCAUCGCCAAGAAAGCACACACGAUCACGACCCUUUCUGCCCUUCAUGAUUUGAUCUUGACCCGCUAUUACAAAUUCCUUGUUGUCAAUGUCUUGGUCUUUUUCUGUGUCGGGACUGUCGCCCUGCAAUCAGUCCUUGACUCUUUCAAAGCAAACCAGACGUCCAAUGUGAAUAUCCUGCAGAUUGUCACAGACAGUUUUCCCACUGCUGGCCCAUUCUACGUUGGAUGGCUUAUCUUCACUGUUGGUAUGCAUGGAGGAUUUGAACUCGCGCUGUGUACGUCCUUGACUCUCUCCUCAUUAUUCAGUUCAUUGACUAUCCCUCCAAGUGGGUCUCCCUCUUAUCGUCUACCCGACUACUCGACGACAAGUGACUCCGUAAGAAAUCUUCCAGAAGUUUGUACUCUCCACUUAGUUCAACUUAGACGCAAACGAGCAGUUGGUAUACGGCCAAGGACGUUCAACUUUUACUAUUGGCUGCCAACACAUCUUCUUGUUAUCCACGUCUUGCUUCUUUUCAUGGUGCUCAAUCCCUUUGUCAUUCCGUUUGGAGCCUUUUAUUUCUUCAUCGAGGCUGGUGUUGUAAAAAAUCAGCUUAUCCACAUAUACGCCAAGAACUACGAGGGGAACGGGCAAACACUACUUAUCCGUAUGGUCCGAUACUCACUGGACGGUCUCAUCUUUUCGCAAGCCGUGUUCAUGGUAUACAUGAUUGUGCUUAAAAAGAGUGUGAACCUAGGUCUCGCUGCCUUCCUCCUAGUUUUUACGGCCGUCACGAAACUGAUAAUGACACGAAUCAUCCGCGCAAAAUUCGAACAUGAUGAUAUUUACGAGGCUCAGGUUUUGGUUCCAAAUUCGAUGCAGCCAGAACAAGACAAUGAACAACAAGCCCAUGAUUCCGAUGACAAUGAAGAUCGCGCUGCGGCAGAUCAACAGCUGGCCAAUGCCAACGCCAACGCUUUCUUCUCGUGGCGCAUGCCAGGAUGGGCCAAGCUAACCUCAUACGCCACAGUGAGGCCCCAUCGAAAGGACCAACACCGACCUAAUCCCUUCGGUCCUCGCAAUCAAUCUUUUUCCAGACUCGGGUCGAUGCACUUUGAUGCUUCGACUGUCGAGGCUGCUAAUCGUCACGAAAACGAACGACUGAUUCAUGCCCGUCAUGUCUCGAACACUGGACCCCAUCCUGAUUCCAAGGAACCCAUCAUCUCGGAGGGUGGUGAUGGGGCUGUUGUACCGCAUCCCCCUCCACCCAUAUGGGACGACGACAACACCGCAGACCUGCCAUACGAGAACCCAUACUACGCCAGACCCAUCAGUAAUUUCCUGUGGCUUCCGCGUGAUCCGUUCGGCAAAUUGAACCUGGAGGACACAGUCGAUCUCAAAGUUGCACUCUCUGUGGAUACAUCUGUGGGCCGUCUGGGUGUGUGGCAGGGAACUCAAGACACUGUCCCACGUCAGCGGCAAAUGUCCGAAGUCUCCAGCGUCUCCACUCCACCCGAGGAGCAACCGAUUGUUGAAUCACCGCAAGAGCUCGACGGCAGUGAAGAAAUUGACUUGCCUUUGAUCAUCGCCAAGCGAGCACGAGCGAAGGAAGAUGUUGAGCCUUCGGACACUAUGCGGAGGAGGCGUGGUUCGAAUUUCGGGAGAAAAGUCAGUAUGGGUUCAAUGCCAAGGCGACCAAGCCUGGCCCCCAGAAUAUCUUCUCGGUCGGUUUCAGACGGAAGGCCCCGCGAGCGUGCGGCUUCGUUUCUAUCGACGUUGACGCCUCCCAGUAACCUUGAUCGCGUUCAAUCUGCCGAUUGGGAAAUGGGCAUUCGUCCUGAUGCUCAUGCACAAGCCGACUUCGUCUUAACCCAUUCUUCCACAUCCCGAUUGUCUGUUGUGCCUCAGCUAAGACGAGGAACUAACGUCAGUGCGCAAGUGGCAAUCACUCAUGAGGUCAUGGCAGAGGAGGAAGUUGCUUUGGUGGAUAGGUUGGAAGAGGAGGCCUUGCACGCAGAGAGAGCGACACAACCAAGAUCAUGGUUCACUUCGUGGAUGUUCAAGGGUCAGCGAUCUUCAAAUCUGGAUGCGACUGCGACUGCACCUGGACCUCCAAAUUCGCCAUAA